CACUAGGGGUUGAAGCGCCUGGUGUAUUUGUACUAAUAGGAUAUAAAACGAUUUUUGUUUAAAGUUUGACAAAGCUGAGGAUAUCUUUAAGCCAACGCGGAAGGUCUAGUCGAGUGUGCCCGAAUCAGGACAGGCGUACUUUUUUUCUAUCUAAAACACCUCUUAUAGCCUUUGUCUGCUGAGGCUGACCCCAGUGACGCUGCUGAUGUAGGAUGUAGGCAGUCUGCCUCUUUUCCUUUUGCCCUCUCACACUUUGGAAAACUGUGCUAAUCAGAAUCAUUUUGGACAAAUUUUACGAAAGUAUAAGGCGAUUUCGUUGGAGAAAAACAAAAACAACAACAAUAAAGCAAACAAGAGAACAACAACAACAACAACAACAACAACGAAAUUGGAGUCGCUCUGAGCAGCCCAUAAACAAGACAGCCGGGGUAAGGACCGCUUGGACGUUCAGUUGUGACUUUCUGGGAUCAAGAGCAACUUGUUUCAAAAUGGCGGGGCUGGAGAAAAGCAGCUGGAGCAGGGCUCUGCGCAUUCGCAAUCAGACAGUAAGGGAGAUGCUGAGCGAGAUGUUGGGGACCUUCGUGCUUACUCUCUUCUCUGUAGCGGCGGGCGCCCAGUACACGCUGAGUCACCAACAGAACGCCUCCUUCCUGGCGCUAAAUGUGGCCAACGGUUUCGGAGUCACCCUGGCCAUCUACAGUUGUGGCGGUGUGUCCGGUGGUUGUGUCAAUCCCGCCAUCAGCCUGACCAUGUGUUUGACAGGACGGUUGCCAUGGAAACGCUACCCCUUCCACGUGAUUGGUCAAAUCUGUGGGGCGUUCAUCGCGGCCUGCCUUGUGUACGGCGUUUAUCAUGGUAACACAUUCGGCAUGAACUCUGGUUACCCCAUCAACCCAGCCCGGGACCUGGGACCUCGCAUCUUCAUCACCAUCGCUGGGUGGGGGAGGGAGGCGUUCAGGUGAGUGACGGCUACUACAGGAGGUACAGGAGGAGAGGAUCAAUGGAUCAAGGAAGAAAGACAGAAAAGGGAAAGAAGGAAAGAAACAAGGAUCGAAGCAACAAACAAAAUGAAAAGAUUAAU